AAUCGGUUCUUUAUAAAGGGAGUCGACUCCCUGCUUGACUAUGCGAUUUGGGAAGAGAGACACACGGGCAAAAACAGUUGGGUUAAUGUUACAUAACCGUGUGUGUGUGUGUGUGUGUGUGAGUGUGAGAAGUAUAAAUCCAGGAGGAGGGUUCACGCCUCAGUGAGCGGACAUCGGGCAGAAGAAAAGAGUUUUCUUGCCGAGCUUUAUUAGCGUGUAUCUCUCAUCACCACUUCAGCCUGAAACUCUGCUCUGCCCUGGUACACCCCUCCAGCUUCACCCAGGGUCUUACCAUCAGCGGUGAAGACACACAGUGACACUCUCCCAGUCGAAGCAUGGCAGAACCGGAGCCGAACGAGUCGUCCGUGCGCUCUCCAAGAUCGGCGUCUCACUCCGUCUCGUUCUCCUUUAUGCGAGAAGGUAGCCGAGUGUGGGAGAAAGCCGGGGAGCUGCCCAGCCCUCUGCCCACCAAGCGCACUCGCACCUACUCCGCCACGGUGCGGGCGAACUCAGGUCCUGUGUUUAAGGGCGUGUGCAAGAACUUCUCGAGGUCACAGGGUCACGGAUACAUCAGACCCGCUAAUGGAGGAGAAGACAUCUUCGUCCACAUCUCAGACAUCGAGGGCGAGUACGUUCCCGUGGAGGGCGACGAGGUGACGUAUAAAGUGUGUCCCAUCCCACCCAAGAACGUGAAGGUGCAGGCGGUGGAGGUGAUCAUCACGCAUCUGAACCCUGGAUCCAAGCACGAGACCUGGUCCGGCAAGAUCAUCAGCUCGUAGGCUCCAAACUCGGCCUGCUGGGAAUUUCACGCCUUUCUUUUUUCUUUUUUUUUACAUUUUUAUUUCUUUCCAAGAUAGGAGCACUGGAGGUGAACACGUGAUGGGGAGGAUGGAGAUGAGGAAGGAGAAAGGAUGUAAGAAUGUAGCUGAGGGGGAAAAAAGAGAGAGAGAGAGAGAUAUUAUGGAAAUAAAAAAGAAAAGUCAUACGAUUUUAUUAUUUAAAAGUGUUACAGAGGAGAAACAAGAGAAAGAAAGGAGAAAUAAAAGCGAGCAGAUUCAGAGAGAAUAGAAAAGUCAUUCGGUGUCUUCCUGAUGUUUGUGUAAGAAACCGAAAGGGAAAAAUAGAGAACCCUGUUCAAGCAACAACAAAAGAACUUACUGUGAAAGACAAAGUAAUGACCCUGGUUUACUGAGGUCAUCUGAUCGAACGCUUUUAUUUAUUUGUUUGCUUUUUUUUUAUUGUUCUGGGGGAUGACUUUCGUUUUUGAAUUUAGUUGUAGUUUGUAUGCUGGAGUUUAAGACUAAUAUUGCACUUAAAACUUGAACCCCCCCAAAGUAAAUUAAAAAAACCCAACACGGACAAACUGCCAAACCGACACAUUCCCAGAAUUCCAGAGUAAUUCAGGUUGUAAAAAGUCAGGAUUUUCUAGUCCAUCACACUUCUACUGCAGUUCCACUAGUCCUGAAACUUCUCGUAGCGCCGUCACGGCUGUAGUUAGAAACCCGUCGUCGGUCAGACCCUCGGCUCACGUUAGAAACGUCAUCAUUAGUUCACGUGUGGAGUCUUAGUCAUGCACGUGGUCCGUUUCUCCAACGAAAAUUCUAUGCAUCUUUUCUAUGCUUUGGUUGUUUUAGUUUAUUUUUUGUAUUUAUUUGGUCUGAUCAUGUUUUUUUUGUAUUCUGGUCAGUUAUUAAAAAAAAGAGAGAAAUAAUUUGACAGCACUUCUUUUCUCCAGUCGGAUCACUGUGGCUGGUGUAGUGCAAGUUAAUCACAAUAAAAAGACCCUUUAUUAGUC